AUGUAAUCUACUACAUAGAGAAAAACAGGAACGGUUGCUUCCUUUCCUUGAUGAUCAACAGAAAUGGCUAUAGUCUUACCUUCACUUUCUGUUUCUUACCCUAAAGUUCCAGGUAAAUGGAAAAAUUGUAGAUACGCUGAUUUCUCCAGUAAAAAGGGAACAAUAUCUCGUGUUAAUAGAGUGGCUAAAAUGUGUGCAAUUACAACAUCAAAGUCGAAGAAAAUAGUUUGGAUAUGGACAGAGAACAAGCAAGUGAUGACUGCUGCUGUGGAGAGAGGUUGGAAUACUUUCAUCUUCCCUUCCAAUCGUCAAGAUCUUGCCCUUGACUGGUCUUCAAUUGCAAUGAUAUCUCCUCUCUUUGUUGAAGAGGGGGGUCUCUUUGAUCACGAGCAUCAGAGAGUUGCUGCAUUUGCUGAGGUUUCUUCUCCUCAGCAGUUAGAACAGCUACACAUAUUGGAGGAACAGGCAGAUAAUGUUGUUGUUGAUCUAUUAGAUUGGCAGGUGAUACCUGCAGAAAAUAUUGUUGCGGCUUUUCAAGGCACUCAGAAAACUGUACUUGCUGUCUCAAAGACACAGUCAGAAGCUCAAGUCUUUCUUGAGGCCUUGGAACACGGUUUGGGUGGUGUAGUAAUGAAAGUUGAGGAUGUCGGGGCAAUCCUUGACCUGAAGGGUUAUUUUGACAGAAGACAUGAAGUAGACAGUCUGUUGAACUUGACCAAAGCCAAAAUAACUCGUGUUCAAGCGACUGGAAUGGGUGACCGUGUCUGUGUGGAUAUUUGUAGCCUCAUGAGACCUGGUGAAGGACUUCUGGUUGGAUCCUUUGCAAGAGGCCUUUUCCUUGUUCACUCUGAAUGCUUGGAGUCAAAUUACAUUUCUAGCCGGCCUUUUCGAGUUAAUGCGGGGCCUGUUCAUGCAUAUGUUGCUGUUCCAGGAGGAAAGACUAGCUAUCUCUCGGAGCUCAAGUCUGGCAAAGAGGUCAUUGUGGUUGAUCAAAGGGGGAUGCAGCGAACAGCUAUUGUUGGACGUGUAAAGAUUGAGACUAGACCACUUAUCCUUGUGGAAGCAAAGGUAGAAUCCGAAAAUGAAAGUUACUCUAUACUCUUGCAGAAUGCGGAAACAGUUGGAUUAGUCUCUCCGCUUCAAGAGGAGGGAUAUCAACGAACAACAAUUCCUGUGACCUCACUCAAAGUUGGCGAUGAGGUUUGCCUCCUAGUACAGGGAGGUGCUCGGCAUACUGGAAUACAAAUUAAAGAAUUUAUUGUUGAGAAGUGAGUUAGUUUCCGCGCAUUUGCGCUUUUUUUGUUGACAAAUGAGUGACCUUCAAGCUCUUGAUGAUGAUACUAAUGUAGGAACCUGGUUAUGGCAUUUAAGCUAAAGAUCUCAGUUAAAGGAUUCACUCUCCUAAAGCUUCCAGGGGUUUGGUGAUGUGUUGGUUAGACGCAAGUCACAUAACUCCGUAUCCGUCAUGCCCUAUAUAAAGAGAUGAUCUGAUCUGAAUAUUUAAUUCUACCUUUUGGAUA